UAGUGUACGGCUCUAUUUGGGGCCAACCUGAUCACUCAAGGAAAGCAUCAGUGGAUCUGAUCCAUAAGAAUCAUCACCAACCUAAGAUCCUCGCCCUUGUCUCGAUCCCAACGGCAUCGAUCUCAUCGGCCCACCUUUGUCCUCUCUUCAAAUCCCAUCUUGUUCUAAGUCUCUCUUAAAAAUCCAAACAACACAUCUACAUCAAUACAUAAAAUGAAAAAUCUACAACACACCCUCCACAAUCCUUCACUAAAAUCAUGCCGUCGGGUCCCUCACCAUCCCCGCCGGGCCUUCAAGGCAACACCUGGAACCCGAUCGUCAUCUCUCUCGUUGCAGUCGUCUGCGCAAUCUUCCUCUUCCUCAGCUACUACAACAUACUCAGACGACAGUGUCCCUUAUUUGGGCCCCACUCAAUGGACGGCCCACGUCAUCGCCUCCUCAAUGAGGCCAUCUUCGACGACCCUUCAUCGCAAUUCCAGAGCCGUGCUCUGGAUUCUGCCAUCAUAAACGCGCUCCCCACCAUCCAAUUCAAGAAGGUGGACGCUGGCAAAGUGGGCCCCACCGAUACCGACUGCGCCGUUUGUUUGGGCGAGUUUGAAGACGGUGAACGGUUGAGAUCGCUCCCGAACUGUGGCCAUAUCUUUCAUAUCUCUUGCAUUGAUACAUGGUUCCGGACCCACUCCAGCUGCCCGCUCUGCCGAUCGAAUGUUGUGAUUAAUUUCAACGGUCAGGAUGACUAUUCUAUCUCCAUGUUUGCUCUGUUACAGACACUACGGAGAGAAGAAGCUUAUAGAGAAAGAUGGCAUGGUUAUGCUGUUAUAGAACCGGAGAUCAUGGAGAAUUCGCCUGUUUGGAGAAGAUCGGAGAGUGAUGAACGGUCCAGAUUGGAAUCUGCAGUUUCAUCAUCGGCUGCAGUUGCGAAUGAUCGUUUGCAUGAACAGGGUGAUCAUAGGGAUGGCCCACCUUCGAUGAUCAACGGCUAAUGUGAAUGGAUUAGAUAUUCUAUUCAUGAAGUAAGAACUUGGGCGGUUAGAUAGUGUUCUUUGAUGAAAAUUCAAGGGUUGGAUCGAUGAGGAAGGAGAAAUGUAG